CCCGCCGACGCCGGCUGGUCCCUGGGCGCUAAACUCGCCUCGGAUCCGCGGGGGAUGGCGGGGCCAACCGGGGGCGCUGGCCCGCCCGGCGGCACCGCGCUGCCCGCUAAUCCCCCGCGCGGUCCCGAACGCCGCGCUCGGGCGCGCUGUCCCGCCUUCCGCCUCGCCCGCUGCCCGCCCCGGCCGGGCCCGGCCCCGCCCCGGCGAGCGGCAGCGCCGGCAGCGGCGGAGCUGUCAGGCGGCGGAGCCCAACGGGGGCCCGGCCCGGCGCUGCCCGCCGCCAUGGCCGCGCGGGGGCGGCGGGGGGCGCUGCGCACGCACCAACCGGAGCCGGGGGAGCCGGAACGCAAGCGAGCAUGCAAGCCAUCAGAAACCAUUCCAAAUGAGGCUGAUGCUCACCUCAUUGAUUGUGCCAUGGAGCUGGAUUCUAAACAGAAAAUCUCCUCUGACUGUUGUCCCUGGGCUACAAAGACAAAGCAAAAUUCAAUGAUUUUUGAAAACCAUGUAAGCAGAGGUACUGCCCAGCCUUGCCCAAGAUGUAUUGCUGGAGAAUCUGGGCACUUCAGUCAUAUCCUGGGCUUCUAGAAAUUGAGAGACGGCAGAUCGGCAACACUGCUUUUCUUUUAAAAUUCUAAAGCUGCACUUGAAACCUGUACAGCUGGAUAUCCGUACCUUCGCUCACGGCGUGGACUGCGUGUGGUACUCAGCAUAUAGCAGUUUGCUGUAUGUGUUACUCUGCCAGUGCACAAUUAUGGAUAUCAUUGGUUUUAGACUUGAAAAAAUGCUUCUGCUUUUAAGGUAGCUCAGUAUGUGUUAAAAAAAGAAAGUUGAUUUAACGUUUUAGAGUAGUUCAAUUGAUCUGGCCUUUGUCCCAGUCUUCACCUGGGACUGGGCCACAGGUCAUGUUGAUACAAGAUAUUUUUCUGUCUCUCUUGGGCACUUUCUCUGCUGCUAUUGGAGAGUGGUCCUUGCAUUUACAUGGGUACAGGGCUGCAGUUUUAGCUCAGCCCUGUAUAUGCAGGCAGAAAUGAGGGGCCAGAAAUGUCUCCAUUUUUAGAUGGCUAUUCAGCUGUGAAGGCCAGUAAAAAUCCUAUUGAAACUUAUGUUUAAAUCCAAAAUAUGCAUCCAGUUUGGCUAUCUUAUACGCUAAACUUCUAGUUUGUUUCAGAGUUUGUGAAUGUGGCAGGCAAGUAGCUAAUAGAAAAAGAAGUAUUAUUUGAACAACCCUCUGUAAAGCAAAGAUUAAUAGUAAUUCAGCUCUGUGGAGUCCUCAAAAGUUGUUAAGAUACCCUGACUCUCUUUCCAGUUACUGUGAUAUUAGAACAAACCUGUUUAAAAAGUCUUGAACUUGUCAUUCAACGUAAUUUUAUUGGCUUGUCACAAAUAAUUUCAUCUACAUUUUGCCAGUAUAUAGGACUAUAUAAUUUUUAAACACAUUCAGAUUUUUAGACUCCAGGAUAGCCGAGUUGUGCUGUUUGGGUGUGACACUUCAGUGGCUGCUCUGGUUUAGGAGAAGGGUCUUGAAAGCUCAGGACUGAAUGGCGGUAUGUAAACCCUCUGCACUGGGGGGAAAUUGCUGUGACCUGCCGAAGUUCAUGAGGAAAGUGAUCUCUGCUGUCUGGAGAGCUGCUGAGCUAUAGCUGUGCCCUGCUGCCACUCAGCUUUUGGGGAGAAUUCAGCCCGAAGCAGAUCUGGAAAGCAGGACAGCGUUUGGCCUUUCCUGUUCUGAGAGCAGCCAGUAGCCAGUUUAAAUUAAAAUGAUAGCCCCAAAGUUGCAAAAAUGCAGUGACAGGCUUUUAAAGGUUAGCUUCCCAGUGGGGUAUGUAAGGCUGCAGAAUCCUUAGACAAAGGUUUGUCAGAGUCCUAGAAUGCUUCCCAUAUUGUGUGUGGAGGAGUUGUUAGCACUGAGUUGACUGUUAUUAAGGAGAUAUUCUUCCUAAAUACAUGAAUAUCAUAUAAAUACUGAUGAGGAAUAGUCAUGAUCGUAUUACUGAUGAGUAAUGGAUGAGGAAAUAAGACCUGUGCUAAAUUGGCAUAUGUACUGUUUGAUUAGGAAAGAAUACGUUUUCUCCAAGCCAACAUAAAUUUUAGUUACAUCGAAAAUAAAUGUUUUCAAAGUGCAGAAUUUCUCAGACAUUCAAAAUUUUCUUCAAUCACAAGAACAGUACAAUCCAUAACAGAUCAAAUCUCCAAGAAACACGGCAGUUUUAGAAAUUGCAUUGUCCCUGAAACUCAUCUUGAAUCCUCCCACUCCCAGUACAGGUUGAUGCAAGCAAUAGCAUCUAUCCAUGCCAGGAAGGAACAUAUUCUCACUUGAAACGAUAGUAUGGUGAGCAAGUUCCCGUAUAUUGAUAUCAGAGUUUAUCAACUAGUGCAAAAUAAUAAUGCAAAACGUUUUCUAAAGACUGAAAUUACAUAUUUGUUAACGAGAUAACUAGAGCAUAUUUUGUGGGCAAUUCAUUUUUACAUUUUCCAACCCUUGUUUUUUAAAAAUCCUGGUAAUAAUAGCAGCCUAAAAAAGAUGGCUAAGCGUCAGUUUCUGUGCUGUAAAAGUUGAAAUAGCUGCUUGAAGGUAAAAGGCUAAAAGGUAUCUGAAAAUUCUGUCACUGCAAAAUGACUCAAAACCUGUUCUGUUUCAUCAAGUAAAAUGUAUGACAAGAAAUGAUUAGUAUAACAGUGUAUGGUCAAAAUUUAGGGUAUCCAAAGAGGAGAAUAUCAAAAAUAGACUUGGACUCCAUGAUGGAACAGUUUUCUGCUAGAAUAUAUUAAAGCAAAGAAGUAUGCCAUCACGUUUAAAAGACGAGGGAUAUGUCUAUGGCUUAUCAAACCAAAAGGGUGCUUUUCAUUUAACUAACUCAAAUUUUAUCACGUUGAGAAUUCACAGAUGUAUUUCUUCUGCUUGCUUUAAACUUAACUCAUACAGAACAUGGUAGAAACAAGAACCAGCUGAUUUCCUUAUGGUCCUUGUAGGUCUCAUGCCGUGUUCUUUUUAAUUCUUCUCCCCUUAGAGUAACCAUUACUUGUUUUUUGUAAAAUCUUAUCGUACAUAAAUCACAGGACUGGUCCUAGUUCGUGGCUGCGUUACAGAGGCUGAUGAAGUCAUACUAGUGUUCGAUUUUAAUGUAAUUUUUUUUGUAUCAGUCUUCCCAUUGUUACUGUACACUGUGCAGGUAUUUUAUUACACUCUCCACCCUGACUCUCAAGACUGCCCUUGGAGAUUGCUGCAUCUAUACAGCUGAACAAAAUGGGAGAACUUUAGCCUAUUUCUUACUCAGUAACCUCCGGUGUGACCAUGGGCCUGUCGUACUUCCUUUGCACUGUUAAAAACGUGAUGGUGCAGUUAUUUUAUGUUAUGUUAUUUACAUGUACGUUUGGAACAUCUAAAUGCUAUGCUAUAGAAAGUAAACUUAAGUAAAAUGGUAGAGGUUUUUUUGGUUUUAACUAUAGCCUUUUGAAUUCCCCAGGAACACAAUAUAGGAUGUAAGUCAGGUCAAUUCUAUAAUAAUAUUUAAACAAAAAAACCCUCUGUUCCCCUACCAAUUUCAUCUGCUUUGAGAAUGAACUCCAAAAAGGGGUGUCGAAAUAGAUCAGCGAGUGGAAAGGUAACUCUCCUCUUUGUCAGCACACCCCAGUUACCCCUAUCACGUAAUUCUACUGAGUCUUGGUCAAUAAAAAUACAUUAGUAUAGAAAAGGAAUGAAAAACGCUCGGCAGUUACCGUCUCUGCUGCUUCAUAACACGGUUGGUAAUGAAAGAGGGAGUAUUAAAAACCAAGGUUUCGAUACAGAACUGUGAUGCCUUUCUUCCUUAGCAAAGAUUCCUAUGAAAACUCAUCUGUAUCUUUCUGUUCCUUCAGAGUUGAUCAAGUGUUUUAAUUUUUGCAUUCCUAACAUUUCAAUUUCCGGGAUAAUUGUCCCUAGUUGUUUAACUGCAAUAGCACCAGACUGGGUCGGUGGGGAACGCCUAGUCCGAUAUCCCGUACGCUCCAGUGACUAGCAGCAGGCAGAUGCAUGGGAAGAGCCCAAGAAACAGGGCACGUAUUGAAGGGAAAGACAUUUUACAAAUAGAAAACCGCUAUUUAGAUCAGGUUUUGUUGCGGGCAUCCUUUCUUGCCUCAUAGCUAAGCCUUGAACAUGAAAUAUCAUCAAAAUUAUGAAAACGUCGAUAGUUUCCAACAGUAUUUUUUUCUUUGUUAUUGUUUAUUGAUACAAGAAAUGUAUUGGCCAUCAGGAGGAUGUUAAACUUGCCUUUUCUCUUCUUAUUAAGGACUGGCAUCUUCAGCAUUUAAGAAGUGGUUCAGCUCGAGUUCAAGUGCGUGUGUAUGCUCACCCUUAAUUUGCGCAGUGUAAGGAUGCUCUCCCUAGUGUAUGUCAAAAAUAGCAGCUCCCUCCUUUCUGUUUUUCUUGAGUUGGCUUACAGUAUUUAAAAUAAAAAAAAUACAAAAGAGGAAGAAACCUUUGGGAGUUGCAAUUCAAGGCGGAAGGGUAACGGCACCGUACCUUUUUCUUAGUCUUCUAUAUUCUUCCUUGUUGCAGGAGGCUGUAAGUCCCAACAAAAACUUGAACAGAUUUUACUUACAUUUCUGGGAAUGCUACUGCUGAUAAAUAAAGUGUUCUGGAUAGAUGUACGUAUAAUCAUGGUAUUUUAAAUAGAUGUUCUUUUUUUGUAAUUUGUUUCAGGAUUUGUCAAUUAUAAAGCCUUUGUGAUAGGUACGGGUGAAUGCCGUACAGGUUGGGACAGGUGAAUAUUGUUAAGCAGAUUUGUGUCAAAUCUGCAAGAGAACCACAAAAUUAUUUUUGUAAGACUUUUCUUCACAUUGUAUAACUAUAAAAUUUUGUUUUAUUGAUAAAAAAUUAUAUGCUCUUUAUAUUUCCUAAUACUGUGGUUUGUACACAAAAUAACCUGAGUGAUCCUUUAUUUACAUGUAUAUAGUAAAAUAGGCAUAUGGUCUGUUUUUAAUUCAGGUUAAAAUGAUAUAAUCUAAUAUUUUUAACUUUGUAUUUUGUAAAUUGUUACUUACAAAAGCAGAAGCAUUAAACACCGCUUUGGCUACA